GCUACCACUGAGCCUUCUUAUAAAAAGCACGGGCGGAUUGUAACGCCACAACUCGAGAGUUGAACGGACUGACCGCUUGUGUUUAUAAACAUAAAUAUGUACAAAUUCACUAUUGCUGUUUUGGCAUUGAUAGCCGUGGCGGCUGCUUUCCCAGGUCACGAUUAUGGGUUCGGUCAUGGUGGUCAUGGUGGUCACGAGCAUUACGGCGGACAUUACGAGCACUAUCCCCACAAGCACGUGCAAUACCACGGACACGGCGGUUAUGGUCACGGCGAAUAUGGUCACGGCGGAUAUGGUCACGGCGGACAUCACGGGAGUGGGGAAAGUGGCGAAAGUGGUGAACACCACGGCCACGGCUAUGGCCACGGCCACCACGGUUAUGAACAUUUCGGUUUUCACAAAUAAGUUAGUUCUAGACUAGAUUAAAUUUCUGCCUGCGAUACUUGAACCACACAAACUCGUGGACGAACUUUUCGCCUAUAACACAUCUUUAUGAACUUUAUGUUUAUAGAAUGCCAAAACUAAAAUGUCACUAACAACGAAGUUGCCAUGGAAACGAAUGAUGUCGCAGUACUGUUACUUAACAGAAUGCAAAGGAUGAACAGAAUCAAAAGAAACGUGACAGUUUAGAUUUUGUAGUAGUAAACAUUUCAGUGAUGAUGAACCUAUCAUAAUAUACCUACAGAGAACACACCUCCUACAAAUAAAGUGCCUACUGUUUUUUAUUGAGAGCCUUCUAAAUAUUUGAAAUACGUACAAAUACGUUAUUAUUCUAUAAUACCAUUUAUAUUCAGAACUGGUUGUGAUAGUAAUUAUGUAAAUUGUUUUUAGUUAUCUAAUGUGUAAUAUCAAUUGACGCAUCUUUAUAAGUCUCUCUGCCGUUCUACAUUGACGUAUAUUAAUCUUCUUUAAUAUAUUUUGGUAACACUAUCGAAGGUAGAAAACCCUGGAGCAAUAACAUAACUCGUAUUGUAAUAAAAUAUACAUAUACCUGUUGUACAUAGAGCAUUUCUAGUUUUAAGAAAAAAAUAAACAAUAUUUAAAAAUGAACAACUGGGUUUUCCUUAUAAUUAAGUAUUUAUAUAAAAUAAUAUAAUACAUAAAUAAAAUAAAAGUAUAUAAAUAUACAUUGUU